AUGAAUCAUAUAAAAAUUCAUGAUAGUGCAAUCGAUAGAAUCUUAUAUGAAAUUGCUGAAGAAGUUGUUGAAGAAAAGGUUGAAAAAAUUGCUAAAGAAGUGUUGAGAAAAAUGUUGAGGAAAGUGUUGAAAAAGUUGCUAAAAAGAAUAUCCAAUUAG